GCCCUGCCCUGCCGGAAGCAGACGUGUGUUUCGGGAGGAACGGGAAGCGAUGGCGGCGGCCGAGGCCGAGUGGGAGCCGGCGGGUCUGCUGCCCGCCCCGGGGGGCGGCCUGGACUGGGAGGCUGUGCUGGGCGAGGAGCUGAGCGAGCUGCUGGGCGCCGCGGCCCCGAAGGACGAGCCCGACGAAAAUGAUCUCUAUAACUUUCAUUUUGAUUUGGAUUUGAUGUCUUGGGACUCGGACCUUUGGAAUAUUACAGGCCAUGCUUAUGCAGAUGCAAACGUGAAGACAGAACCUUUAUCACCAGCCACUUCCAGCUGUUCGGUCCCUUCACCACCGGCUGUGGACUCUCCAGUGCAGAAUGUGCCUGAUGAUGUGGACUUCAGCUGUAGCUCCCAGAUGUCUCCCAUCUCUCUCUACAGCAAGAGUUGCAGAAGCCCUGCAUCCCCUGAAGGAGAUGGAGGGAAGAAGCCUGCUGUGAGCAUCUCUUCUCGAUCUGCAAAUAACUCUGCGAGGAGCCUGAAGAAGUGUGGUCAGACGGUGUCUAGGCCUUUGAUACAACCCAAACCCCUUUUGCCUGCUGUGCCUGAAGCUCAGGCUAACAUUGGCAUCCCAACUAAAACCAUAAUUAUUCAGACUCUUCCCACACUUGUGCCACUGCCAAAGAAUCAGCCAGUUGUUAACAUCCAGCCAGCACCUCCUAAAGGUCCAUCUGUGGUGCUGCCCCAGCCUGCUGUGGUACAGCUCCAGGCUUCUGGGGUGCUUCCUGCCUCCCAGCCAGUCAUUGCAGUCACUGGAGGGACCCCAGCACUUCAGAACCACACAGUGAAGGCACUGUCUCCAGCUACUGGGAACGGCUCCAGCAGUGGCAAAAUCCCGGUGACAAAGCCCUUGCUCCAAAGCAGCUCCCCGGCCAUGGGGCUGGAUGUCAAUGUCUUGAGGCGGCAGCAGCGCAUGAUUAAAAACCGUGAGUCAGCCUUUCAGUCACGCAAGAAAAAGAAGGAAUACAUGUUGGGACUGGAGGCCAGGCUGGAGGCAGCCCUGCUGGAGAACGAGAAACUCAAGAAAGAAAACAGCACGCUGAAAAGGCAGCUGGAUGAAGUGGUAUUAGAGAACCAGAAGCUCAAAGUAUCAUCUCCGAAGCGAAGGACACUCUGUGUUAUGGUGAUACUGGCAUUUAUAAUGUUGAAUUAUGGUCCAUUGAGUGUAUUUGAAAAGGAUCCCAAUGGAGUAGAUUCCACUGUGAGUUCUAACCACCGGACCAGAAAUCUUCUGGAGUUCUCAGCUCACCAGGAAUCCAGCACAGCUCAGAAGAUACCUGAGGGCAUAGUUUCUGAGAAGAGUAACAGGUAUGACCGUUCUGUACCUGAUAACAAAGCACUAAUGAUAGUCUCAGAAGAACCACUGUUAUAUAUUUCACCACCACCACCCCCCUGCCAGCCUCUGAUCAACAGGACAGAGUCACUGAGGCUGACCCACGAGCUGCGAGGAUGGGUGCACAGGCACGAGGUGGAGCGCACGCGGUCCCGGCGGCUGAGCAACAGCCAGCAGCAGCAAGCACGAGUCCCGCAGAGCUCCCUCAGUGACAAAGCAGAUUCCCAGCUAAUGGCCAUGCCUUACACAGACACCAGUCUCAGCAGGAACUCAGGGAAUGAGCUGCAAGUGUAUUAUGCCUCUCCAAGGAGCUAUCAAGACUUCUUUGAAGCAAUUCACCGAAGAGAAGAUACCUUCUAUGUGGUGUCAUUCCGCAAAGACCACCUGCUACUGCCAGCCACCACACAUAACAAGACCAGGAGACCAAAGAUGUCUAUAGUGCUGCCAGCUGUAAACAUCAAUGAGAAUGUGAUCAAUGGGCAGGACUACGAGGUAAUGAUGCAGAUUGACUGCGAAGUGAUGGACACCAGGAUCCUCCACAUCAAAAGUUCAUCUGUCCCUCCAUACCUCCGAGAGCAGCGCAGAAAUCACACCGACACCUUCUACAGCUCCUCCCCUUCCGUCCCAGAGACACCCCAUGCCCUGAGGGCCAUUGUCAAAUCCCUGCAGUAGCUCUUGUGACAGGGCACAGGGGAGCACCGGCAUGCAGCAGGUCCUGCCACCAGCCUGAGCCCCUUCCCUGGCAGGUCCUGGGGCUGCUGGCACAUGGGCACAGCAGGGAGAGCCCCCUUUAGCUCAUUCCUGUGCCUGACCUCACCCAAUGGCCGCAUCCUGCCUGGGGAUGAUGCAGCACAGCUGGCUCCUCCCCAGGGACAGUCCUGGGGGCCCCUCACAAUGUGGGGGACAAGGGCCAUCCCUGCUACUUAGGCACUGUCCAGAGUUGUUGGUUUUCAUUUUUGUCCCUGUUAGGCUGCCUGAGGAGGGCUGAUGAGCCAGAGACAAGGCACCAGACACCCACACUUGGGAUGGGGCUGCUCUCCCUGCAGUGUGCUUGGGCAGCAGGAGGAAGUCCAGCUCCCAGCUUCGGGUGCUGGGCCUGACCAGACAACCCCACUCCUCAUCAUUCCCUCCCAAAUACUGCCUGUGCAGCCUCCCUCAGCAGGAAGCCCUGGGAUGCAGCAGUGUAGUGGAGCAGCAGCCCAGCCCAGCCCCUCAAGAGGGUGUUGAGGCCCCUCACUCACCACUAAAGCACUACGAGCAGAACAACCCCACUACCCCGGGGCUGGGCUGCCCAGUGAGGCAGUGCCCACCCUGCACCUGCCUGGCUCUCCAGGAUCCUGCUGCUGCCUUCCCCAGCCCAUGUGGCUGCACGGCUGAAGGCUUGGCCCAAAGGAGGUGAUUUCAUGCAGCAGAUGCAUUUGUAAAGUUCGGGGGUUUUGAGUUUUGGGCUUUUACUCUUCUUGGUUUUUGUUUGCGUGGGUUUUUUGUGUGUGCUAUUUAAUACUUUUCACUGCUAACAACUGCCAGUGGAGCAGUACUGGCCUUGCUGGGGCAGAGGGGAUGCUUCAGUUCCAUGGGACAGAGCCACAGCACCUUCUCCUUAAGCCACACACGCGUCACACACACUCAGCACCACACAGCCCUCUCUGCCUCGCCAGCACAGCCAGCCACUCGCUAGGCAGCAGGGGAGCAUUCCAUUGGCCCCAAACACUGGCCACAGCCAAGUGCUGCCAUUGCAGAGCUCUGUUCACUGCUCCUUGUCUGUCAGCCGAGCCCCAGGCCGGAGCUGGGCCCCGGAGCUCCAGCACAUUGCUGCUCAGCUGGGAUGAGCCACCAGCAGAGCAUCAGCCUUGCAUAAUGACUUCAGCAUGUUGUUACAUUACUUUUUCUUCUAUGUGCAAUUUGUGAAGAGGAUGAUGAGCUUCAGUUUGCCAGCCAGCCAGCUGCCUUUCCUUCAUGGUUUGAGCGCUAACUGGCUCACAUGGGGUUAUUAAUUAUUAAUUAUCAGUUAUUAUUAUUGUUAUUAUUAAUGUAUGUGUGUGGCUGUUAGGAAAUACAGGUUGAUCCCUCAGCAAGACAAAGAGCUCCAGGGGCAGUGAGGAGGAGGAUGAGGGGCAGUACACCCCUGUGAAGUAUGUGCCUUUCAACAGCUCGGGGAAGCUGUGCCCUUUGCCACGUCCCCGGCAGCACAGGCCCCAUCCUCGCAGAGGGAGCCGGGCUUGGCUGGGCUUGGCUGCGCUGCUCUCACCAGUUCAUUUUCCUGGCCUGGCCCCACCUGACCGUGGGCCAGCUCACAACAGUCAGAAAUAAAAGCCCCAGCGGUGCCCCAGCCAGAGGCACACAGCUCCCCCGCAGCCAUGGGUAGGGGUGCUGGCUGCUCUGGGGGUAUUUGCUGCCAGGGAGCUGGGGAGGGGACUCAGGUGGUGGCUGGGCUUGGCACAACCUUGAGAAGGGCUGCUGGUGGGGGGCUGGGGACACCUUCUAUCCUGUGUAAAUCUGUUCUCUGUGUCCCUAGUACUGAAGGCAGUAAAAUCCUUCUUUUAUUUAUUACUAAUAACUUCAUUAUUGUGCUUGUUAAUAUUGUUUUCCUUAGGCAAACUACUGGAACACCUGCCUUGGCUGUCAUCUCUUGGGCUGUGCAGUGUGGCUCUGCUUGGCACAGUGUUGGCAGUGCCCAUGGCACAUCUAUCCUCUCCCCCUCCUGCAGCUGGAGAGCAGGUACCCUACACGAGCUGCUCACCCAGAGCCUGCCAGAGAAGCCCAUGAGGGCUGGACAGGGCAUGUCACCCUGCCCCAGUACCAGUCCCAAGCAGCCUAAAGCCCUCUGGAGUUUGUCCCCAUCAGGUGUAUAAACUGGCUCUCCCCAAACUAACCAAAACCCAUCCAAAACACCCCUGUGCAUUGUCAUGCCCCCAGAGGGUGAACCAGAGCCAAAGAAAGCCCUGAACAGCUGCGAAGGUACUGGAUCCUUUAUUACUGACAGCAGGUAAAUAUAAGAUGCUAAUGGGCAGGAGGGCAAGGGCUGUGCUUCUCUGAGGGGAUCCUGAUGGUCCAGGACCAGGGUUGGCAUGGGAAUUAGAAGGAUUGUAGGAGGUGGAGUGGCACAGCCCCUGCCCAGGCAGCCCAGCUGAGCAGAGCCUUCACCCAGCAAAUGCCAAGGGGGACUAUUUGGGUUACAAAAUGAACAAACAAAAGCCAUCUAUACAUAUUUACAGCAUUCCCCUCCUGCCACCAGCUCCCUCCAGGCAUGAGUCAGGGCUCGGGGUGCGCUCAGCCCCCCAGAGCAGAGCCCCAGCUGGAGGGGACAGUCCUCGACAAAAGUGCCAGCACCAGGGGCUGCUGGGGCUGUGCUCGCAGCCCCAUUGUACAGCAGGAUCUCCAAGGGGCCUGCUGGCCGUCAGCUGGGAAGAUGGUCCUGAGAGAUGGGCCAUUCCCAUGGAACAUGCAGGUCCUCCACCAGGACAGGCAGGCAGCAGCAUCCUGCUGGGCCCUGGUACGUGCAGCUUUGCACUGGUUCAGGGUGUCUUGCUGAUCAUCUCCAGCUGAAAUCAUCCUCAGGAGGACCGUGUUUGGGCCACAUCCUCUUCCCUGGGUAGGAGAGCCAGGCCUGCCCUUCCAAAGGAGGACCUCAGAAGGAAGGAAAAUCGGAAGCAAGGAUACAGCAAAGACAAAGGGGGUGCUUCUGGCCUGGGGAUCGAUCUACAAUCCACCAUAAAAAACCAGUUUGAAACAAAACCCAUCAUUUACUCUUCAAUUUGUACAAAAUAACAAUAAUAACAAUAAAAAUAAUAAUAAAAGGUG